AUGGCGUACACUACACGACCACUCCGGCCAGGAGUAUACGUGCCACUACCAACUUUCUUCGAUGACAACCAAGAGAUUGAUUUUGACAGCUACCGGAGACAUCUCCUAGCUAUGGUCACCCGCGGCAUGGUACCAGAUUUCGAUGAGCGUCUAUCUAUUAUCCGCUUCAUCAGGGCAACUUUGGAUGGGGAAGGGCUGCACUCUACACCAAUAGUCGCUGGUGUGGGAGGGCUCAGUACCCGAGAAACUAUUAGCUUAUCCAAAGCUGCUGCAGAUGCCGGGGCAGAUGCUGGAAUGGUUAUUCUACCAGCCUACUACGCUGCAAGUCUGAACACGGACAUGGACCAAGUCAUUCAAUAUUAUGUUGAUAUUUGUGAAGCAUCGCCGAUUCCUCUAUUGUUAUACAACUUCCCUUCCAACGCUGGCGGCCAGGAUAUGUCUUCAGAAGUUAUCAGUGCAGUUAUGAAAAGAGCAACUAACUUAUGUGGAGUGAAGUUGACAUGCGGUGGGAGUAUGGGGAAGCUGAUCCGUCUUCAGGCCCUGAUCUCUGAAGAUACCACAAUAAAUGAGUCACGGAAGUACCCAUUUCUCUUGCUAGACGGCCUUAUUGCGGAUCUAACCCCCUGGAUGCAAUGUGGUGGUCAUGGCACUGUUAGCGGUAUUCCUAACUUUGUGCCAGUGGCUUCUAUGAGGCUCUGGUCACUACUGAAUUUGCCAUCAGCAACGGAGGCCGAGCGCAAGGAAGCAAAAAAGAUCCAAGGAAUUCUUGCUCGAGCUGAUGCUUCUGCAGUUCCAGGUGGUAUACGGGCCAUGAAGUAUGCAUUGAACAAGCUGCAUGGGUAUGGAAUUGCUCCACGAAAGCCAUUGCUUCCGUUGAGGGAAGCCGAAGGGGAGGAAUUCAUGAAGGUUUUGGAUGAGGCAAUGCUACUUGAGCGUGAACUAACAGAGGCAACGUCAAUCCCAUAG